AUUGUGAAAGUCCAGCGUCUGAUGGUGCGUCGUUAGCUUAGCUGUUGUACUUGUCAUUCAGAUAUCCCAGGAAUUCAACAAGACUAGGAACCAGUCGGCGCGGAACAACAAGGGCAUUUUAACUUCAAAUCGCGUCCUCGACGCCGAGGAGGGUCAGCAAACCACUACUGUCCGUUAAUAAUAGGAAAAGCGACAGCGGCGGACUUUGGUGAGUUGUUGUUAUCGGAGCUAGCAGGCUAAUGCGCAACCUGUUGUUGAAUAGCAUCAAAUGGAUUCCUAUUACACACAGGCCGCUUGAAAACUGCUGUGUUGUUUGAUUUUAAUCCUUUUUAAAACUCUUAAACUCAGUAUUCGCCCACUCUUUUGACUAUCCUUAUAAACGUUUAAUUGUGACAAAAAUCCGUACCCAACGCCGGAGAAUUUACGUAAAAUUAGCGUUAUGUUAGCAUAGAGUGCUAAGGAGGCUAUACACACGGAAUGGGGUCUUUUAAUGAAGUCAGUUCCAAUCGAGACAUUUUUUACCUUAAAAUUUACGUACGCCGAAUUUCACUCAAAAGUAAACGAUAAACAAUCAUAACUAUUUUUUUUAUCAACACAUGACUUCCAAGCGUGACAGAAACAGGUUAUUUAUUUACAAAAGGAUUGAGAGGCAUGAAAAAGUAUCUUAUCUGUUUUGAGUAUUUCCAGAUCAUUAAUUAUUGAGAACAAAAUAUAGAAAACGUGUGUGUUCCUAGACUUUAUUUUCUGGAAGGUUUUAAUUUGAUUAAAAACGAAUUGUAUUGUAAAACUUUUCUAAAUGAUCACUUUCCACAUGUUUCCCUCACUGUUUUCAACUUAUCACAAGUUCACCCAAACAUUUUCAGAGCUCUAUGUUGAUCUAAGUGGAAAUAGCUUUAAAUAUACACCUGAUCUUUAAUCAAAUUAGACUUUUUCAUUAGGAAUACAAGCUUAUUAAAAACAGAUAACUAGUUUUAUUUAGGGGAAAUUCCCAGAAAUCCUUGUUGUUGUUUUGCACAGUCAGUGGUGAUUGUUAUUUAUAGUAUACAGACCUUGUUACUGUAAAUUUACAGUAAAUGUUCAUAUCUUUACAUUUUAAAAAUGGCAGAAAUAUCUUAACAUUUGAGCUCAAGAAUGAAAGUAGAUCUGAAAUGUAAAAUAUGUAGGAACGUUCUGGUAAAGAGAUAAGUUGGGCUCUGUUAAUUACUUCUCUCAAUCUCAUUUUGCUGAACCUGUUUGGUAACAUUAUGUGUACUCUGGUUGCUUGUUUAUCUCACUUUCAACUGGCAUCAAAUAUUUUCCGCUGCAGCACAUAGAUGUGAGGUCAGACAUCGGGAAAACGUCCGCUAUUGUCGCCACCCUGGAUUGGUGAUAUCCUCUCCAUCCCUUUUAUCAUCGUCAUCAUCAUACAUGCUCGUACAUGAGGAGGGGGGAGAAACCCGAAGGAUACAGACAGAUGAGGCCCAAAAUAUUACCGGUCGGCAACUGCAGCGGCAACAGCCAGCAAAUGCUGAUGGAAAUCCGAAAAAGUCUGCGCGACAUGUCCAAACCUUCUGAUUCUUCUAAAGUGGACAACGGCGGACACGGAAAGAUGGCUCCUGAAGAUCCAAGGCGCUCCAGCAAUCCCAAGCACCAUAAGGCAUUACAGGAGAUUCGCAAGUCCCUGGUGCCCUACGAGGUGAAUGGUUCAUCAAGCACUUCAGACAUUAACAAACCGAUGUGUCUGGAGCAACCAUGCGCCGGGUUUGAGGAGCGUCGCGGUGCGACCAACUACCAGGACCAGAUGAGGGAGCCGGUCAUGGCUGCUAACACCAGCUCUUCAGGCCUGAAAGCUCCAGGAUCUUCUCACAUGCAGCAGGUGGUGCUCAGGAGGCCUAGCUGGAAAGGCUCUAAGGAGGCCCUCGCUCCCCGCCUCGGUCCUCACAUGGCAGAUGGGAUGGUGUACCGCCCCGACAGCCCCGGGUCACCUCCUGUCUACCCACCACUCCGCGGUGUCGCGGCUUCUAAUUCUCCCUGGGACAACAACCCAUCAACCAAGCGCUGGUCUGGGAAUGUGGAGUACUUUGUUCCACGAAUCUCUCCAGUUCCCCAAGGAGCUCGGCCUGAUGGGUACCCAAAUCCACCUCCUCAGAAUCAACGCGGGGCCAACCCAGGGCCCGUAGUUCACCAGCCUAUCAUAAUGCAAAGUUCAGGGAAUAAAUUCACUUCUCCUUCCACUCGGACUCAGAAUGGCUCCGCUCAACAGGACUACAUACCAGGGAGCAGUAGACAACCCCCUCCUCCAUACCCAGUCAACCAGAGCAGCCGACACAGUCCCACCGAGCAGCCGGCAUCCUCUCCUUCGUACGUCAACGGUGGAAACAUCCCUCCUCCCAUGCUGGUGUCUAACUGGAGCAACAGCAACCAGGACCUGUCCCCGUCAUGGCAGCAGAACGUGCCAGUCCGCUCAAACUCAUUUAACAACCACCAGCUCAACGGCAGACCUGCUCAUCAAGCCAGCUCCCAGCCCUCUGCCACUACGGUCACGGCCAUCACUCAGGCUCCCAUCCUGCAGCCGGUGUCGAGCACGCAAGUCCAGAAACCAGAGCUACACACUGCCGUCGCUCCCACACAUCCUCCAUGGAAGCAGCACCUUUCAGCAUCUCCAGCUGUGCCUGCUUACCCAGAACCUUCACCUCAGGUCCCUCAGAUCCCCACAGCACUAGAGGCGCCAAACUAUAUAGGCCCUCCUCCGCCGUACCCUAAACACCUCCUACAGCAGCCGGCUGCACCCUCGCCCCCUGCGUACGACGCUGCAGCCAAUAAGCUUGUUGCGGGUAGAGAGGAGAGUCCUGAGGAGGAGAGGAGCUGCAGCAGCGGCAGCAGUGGAGACGCCUCCAGGGAGAAGGUGUCAGAAAGUCUUGAAAGCACCACGGCAGCGGAGAAGGAGAGGAAACAAAUCACAACAUCACCUGUUCCUGUUCGCCGUAACAACAAGAAAGAUGAGGAGCGCAGAGGGGAGUCUGGGAGAGUCAAUCUGUAUUCCCCCCAAGCCUUCAAGUUCUUUAUGGAGCAACACAUGGAGAACAUCCUGAAGAACCAUCAGCAGAGGAUUCGGAGGAGGAAGCAGCUGGAGUGUGAAAUGGACAGGGUGGGUUUGUCGUACGAAGCCCAGAAGCAGAUGCGUAUGAUGCUCUACCAGAAGGAGUCCAACUACAUCCGUCAAAUGCGCGCCAAAAUGGAUAAGUCCAUGUUCAAGCGGAUCAAAACCCUCGGCAUCGGAGCAUUCGGCGAGGUGUGCUUGGCGAGAAAAGAGGACACGGGGUCGCUGUACGCCAUGAAGACGCUUCGCAAAAAGGACGUGCUGCUGAGGAACCAGGUGGCCCACGUCAAAGCCGAGCGGGACAUCCUGGCCGAGGCCGACAACGAGUGGGUGGUGCGUCUCUACUACUCCUUCCAAGACAAGGAGAACUUGUAUUUUGUCAUGGAGUAUAUCCCCGGGGGGGACAUGAUGAGCCUCCUCAUCCGGCUCGGCAUCUUUAAAGAAGAGCUGGCCCAGUUCUACAUCGCAGAGCUCACUUGUGCGGUGGAGAGUGUCCACAAGAUGGGCUUCAUCCACAGAGACAUCAAGCCGGACAACAUUCUGAUAGACAGAGACGGACACAUAAAGCUGACCGACUUUGGUCUGUGCACAGGCUUCCGCUGGACCCACGACUCCAAGUAUUACCAGAGCGGAGAUCAUGAGAGACAGGACAGCAUGGACUUCAGUAAGGAGUGGGAGGAUCAAGCUAACUGCCGCUGUUCAGAGCGUCUGAAGCCUCUGGAGAGGAGGAAGGCCCGGCAGCACCAGCGCUGUUUGGCCCACUCACUGGUGGGAACGCCCAACUACAUCGCACCAGAAGUUCUGCUCCGAACAGGAUACACUCAGCUCUGUGAUUGGUGGAGCGUUGGGGUCAUCCUGUACGAGAUGGUUGUUGGACAACCUCCCUUCUUGGCGAGCACACCCCUGGAGACGCAGCUGAAGGUGAUAAACUGGAAGAGCACGCUGCACAUCCCCCCUCAAGCCAAGCUCACCCCAGAGGCGUCGGAUCUCAUCGUUAAACUCUGCCGCGACCCAGAGGAUCGCCUUGGUAAGAACGGCGCAGAUGAAAUCAAAGCUCAUCCAUUCUUCAAAAGAAUCGACUUCUCCAGCGACCUGAGACAGCAGGUGGCACCCUACGUCCCCACCAUCGCUCAUUCCACAGACACCUCCAACUUUGACCCAGUGGACCCUGAAAAGCUGCGGAGCAGCAAUGGCGAGGGCAACCACAACGACACGCUGAGCUGUUGGUUCCGCAAAGGAAAGCACCCCGAGCACGCCUUCUACGAGUUUACCUUCCGGCGCUUCUUUGACGACAACGGCCACCCUUACAGCUGCCCCAAACCCAUCGAGUACGAGGGCUAUGACGAGGACGAGGCGGACAUGGAGAGCGCGGAGCACGAGGCCGGGAAACAAGGCCGGGAUCUGGUCUACGUGUAGAUCCUGAAACCCACUAAGCUGCUUGUACAUAGAAAGUGUGUGUGUGUGUGUGUGUGUGUGUGUGUGUGUGUGUGUGUGUGUGUGUGUGUGUGUGUGUGUGUGUGUGUGUGUGUGUGUGUGUGUGUGUGUGUGUGUGUGUGUGUGUGUGAGUGUGUGAGAGUGAGAGAGAGAGAGAGAGAGAGAGAGAGGAGGGGUUUGCAAUGAUAAAGCAUUUAAAACAUAGGAGUGUGUGGUUAUAGGAGCACUCAGAACGCUGCAGCACGAGAUCACAGUUAAAAAUGAAACACCUGAUCUCCAACUAUGAAACUGACCUGGAGUCAGUUAUCUCUGCAGAGCAUGAAGACUGAAAUCUGCUGACUUGUGAAAGAUGAUUAUAAGAAAUGACGAGAGAAACCUGAAACGCACCAAAUCUGGUUUUUUUUUGGGGGGGGGGGGGUAACAUGUAUAAGGAAAUAUCAAAGUGUCACAUUUGAGAAGGUGGAACCACAGAUUAUGGAUUUUCAGACUCUAAUCAGGAAAACCGCUAGUAAAUAAACAUCUAAUAUUCCUGAUUUCUCACUGGAAACCAUGAUUUUUCUCCAUCUACCUGCUAGACAGAUCUACUGAAAGGGAUGAUAUGGCCGAUUAUAAACAUGUUUCUGUGUAAAAGCUUCACGAACAGCCUCUGUUCAGACAUAAGUUCACAGCUACUCCACAGAACCAAGCUUAAAGUGUAAUACCGCCGUGAAACAAUUCUAAUUUCCUAAAUUAAUCUAAACUGUUAUUCAAAGAUUUAAACAGCAGAAGCAAAAUGUUGCACUUUGAUUAUAAAUAUGAAACGUUUUGGGUCCAGGCUGCACUCAAGACUAGCUGUUAGCUUAUCAAUCCUGAAGGAAGUAAACAUUUCUCAGUUGAGAGCAUUUAUAACUUUUACACAGAAACAAAACUUUAAAAUGUCCAGAAUGUCCCUUUAAAGUCUAAAUGUAACUGGUGCGGUUUAUGACGUGUGCUCUGGAGGAAAACACCCGACAACUUAUCGCAGAACCCCUGUAGCGUUAAUUUAUUUAAAUGAAUCGGUGACGUUAGCGUAGAUGCUGCUUGGACUUUUAUUGGAAUCACAUUUACUGGUAACAUUUUUAUUUUAAGUCUUAAUUUAUAUUUUAAUAUGUUGUUACGAGGGUAUAGGUAGAACUUGCAGGGAUACAUUCUAAUGAUGUUGCUGUGCCUUUUUGAAUGUUUUAUUUUUCACCAAAUAUCACAAGGGCUAUUAAUCAGACUGGCAUUUUCAAUGAGUAGCAGUAGCUGAUUGUACUACAGUAGGUUUUAUUUUUCUAAUUUAUACCUAAAAUGUAUUUAUAAGUUAUGUUGUACACAGUGGAUGUAAAUACCCACCACCACUCUCUGCUGCUUCUUCCUGUUCAUGAUCUCCGACAAUAAAAACUGAUUAGAUUUUACGUCUAUUAGUGGAUUUCUCCCAACCAAAGCACAGAAUAAGAUGGUUUCCACUCCCCUCACCAUCCCCUGCCAGCGCCAACGAUCACCACGACAGUUUAUUCGUAGAUUAUUUUCGUCUUAAAGACUCAACGCUGUAACUCGGGUGAAAAUGAGAGAAAUUAGAUUCCUGAUCACGUUUGUUUUGUGCUGUUGUGUAGAGAAGAUUUCUGAAUGUAGUUCUGGAUUUAAUGACCACUGACACUGCACUGGUUUGUGUUUUGUGAGAAUUUUUAUUUUUGUGUACACUGUUGCUCUGAGAGGUUUGGGAAGAGGAAGAUAAAUAAACAAUGAUGAGAACUAAACUUAA